AUGAUAGACUUACACGACGACGUGCUCAAAUGCCUAUUCGACUGGUUAGCUCUCAUCGACGUACCCGGACCAACACUCAGGUUCAGCGAAGCAUCCGACUCCGAGUACCACACGCUACCCUUCACAUCGGAACCUUUGUCAUUCCCUCAGACCCGACUAGGCUGGAUUACAGCCUCGCACGUCUGCCGGCGAUGGCGGGCUCUACUCCUGAACAUGCCAUUGCUUUGGGCUCAGAUAGCCGGCGGAGUCUUUCCGUCUCGAGAGAUAUGCGAGACCAUCAUCGAGCGCGCUGGUGAUCGCCCGUUACACUUUUCACAGUGGCGCGAGUACAGAGGAGAGCACGUCACCGCAGAGAGUCUGGCCUCUCGUGCCGCAACCGUCACGGAGCUCGUCCACUCUUACAACGAUCGCCUGCAGGUGUUAGCUCUGCGCAUCGUCGAUGCUAUGACAGAUGCCGAUGCGAUUCUGUGGCGCGAUUUCCCUGAACUGGAGAGCUUGCAUCUCGAGCACGGCGAUGACUUGGCGGGUCUCUCUUGUGCCAAUGCGUUCAACGCUCCGCGGCUACGCAAUCUCCGCAUGCACGACGUCGUUUUCGCUCCCAACGCACCGGCUCUACGCAGCCUAUACGUUGUUUUCACCGCCGGGACAUACACCCUGAUGCCGAUACUACUGGAAGCCCUCCUCACUACGCCCUUGUUAGAGGAUCUGGAACUGCAGGAGGCGUAUAAUGUCGACGGAGACGACGAAGAGUCAGCCGUGUUAUCGCCGCAAGCCAAGCUUCCCAAGUUGUCCACGCUCACAUUCACCGGCAGCUCUCACAACUUCGCGCUUCUCUGGCACUCCAUAACGUCGUACCCCCCAGGACUCUGCAUAGAAGUGAAAUUCAUCGGCCGAGGAUCACAGCUCGAUAUCUUUGGAUCCCUUGGAGAGGCGCUUCGGUACGAGGAGAAUGAUACCCUGCGCCUCUCGUUCUUCGACAGGAAAGAGCAAGGGCUCUUUGCUAUGCAUCUUUUCCCUUCCUCGAAGGGUCUCUACUACGAGGAUGAGGACGGGAGGUACCGUCGCAACGGUGUUUGCAUUGGCGCUAUGCAAUUGCUCCCAGAUAACGAUGAACCCAUAAUCGAACCUUCCAUGCUCCUGAGCGCUCUUGUCGCUCAACUCAUCCCCGGGAACAUCCGCAUCCUCGAUCUCGAUACCGCCGUGGACCGCACUGCAGAAUGGGGACUCUGCGAUCUGGACGCUAUGUGCUCCGUCCUCCGGACGCUCACGAACAUCUCCACGAUCGCCAUCGGAAGAGGCUGCAAUCAACAUGUUCUGGACCGACUACUUCACCCGGAUAUAAUGACGGUUGCACCUUCCAUUCCGCUCCCUCAACUCAGGUGUUUGCGGGUCAAACAUCCCCGACAGUGUGUUCGCGGGAGGUUCACCAAUACCAAGAAUAUGAUAGAGAGUUGGGCGGCUCUGAGCGUUCUAUGCGCUCUGCUCUUGACAUAUCGUCACCCUUUGAGCCAUUUGCGAGUCUCUGCUUGGAGCUUGGAUGAGCUUGAUGGCCACGAAGACGCAUGGGGUGUGCAGAAAAAGCUGAUUGAAGGUGUACGGACGUUGGUCGAUGAGCUCGAGGUCACGAAUCUGGACGGCGAGGACGACCAUUUUUGA